GCCAAUCAUUUGCAAUUUUACCCAAUUCAAAGCAAUUCCCCUUUCAUAAGUAGAUAAAGACAAAUUUUUUCUUUCUUGAAUCUUUGGAUAUAAAUUUUUCUUGUGCCACAAAUCAUACAGAUAAAGAAAAGAGUGAUCAAUUAUGAGUAAAGAAAAGGGGGACAGUCAACACCACCACCAUGAAGAUCAACCGCCGCAGACGCCGCAGUAUGGAACAUUUCAGGGUGUAGUCAAUCAUCCUCCUCCGGCAGUGAUCGGCUUCCCUCAGCCUGUUCCGCCACCUGGCGCCACUGGAGCUCCUCCACCACCAUCUCAGUAUUAUGCUCAUGGUUAUCAAGCUGUCCCAGGUUAUGCUAUUGCAGAAGGAAGGCCUGUAAGGCAGCGUCGCCUUCCUUGCUGUGGUAUUGGCAUUGGCUGGUUCCUGUUUAUUAUUGGUUUCUUCCUGGCUGCAAUCCCUUGGUACGUUGCAGCAUUACUUCUAUUCUGCUCCAGAGUUGAUCCUCGCGAGAAACCCGGUUACAUUGCAAGCACUAUUGCCGCUGUUCUCGCUACUGUUGCUAUUAUCUUUGGACUUACAAAUACGGACUGGUGAAUUGCCUCCAAAGAAUUAUGCGGGCAUAUACAGACACAAACAUCUCCCAAAAGCUAGCUUGAUUUCUGUUUCCGGUGUUGGCAUUAAGGCAUACUAUGUGAUUGAAACACUUAUUUUUCUGGCUAUACAUAUGGUACUUAAAAUUGUUGAACUCUGUAAUAUCAUUUUCAUGUGUAUAUCAUGCUUCAGUUAUAUGUCUAUAGUUCAAAAAUAUUCUCUUGCAAGCGUGGCUCCUAAGCUUAGUGAAAGGUAUCUGACAUAUUACGCGACAUUGUUUGAGUAAUGUACGAUUUUACAAAACAUUUAUUUGCUCAGCGAAGAGUAAGAAUAAAAACUUCUGCCAGCUUCAUAUCA